AUGCUGUAUGAAAUGUUCAGCAUCGUGUUUUUUUUAUUUCUUCUUGGCACAUCGGCGACAGUGAGCAUGGUUUCAUACCCAAACUGUGACCAGCUCUCGUCGACCGAGCUAAGUUUUGACGUAGAGUUCUGGACGACAAGACCAUACACAAAUUGCCGAGCCACUUCAACAACAAAGCAGACGAGCUUGCAGUCCUGUACAGAGGGUUGAGUAUAAAUAUUAUAAUUCUAAAUAUAUGCAGUUAUUACUGCUUCCAAAUCUACCUUAAAAUGCAAGAUAACACAGAACAAACUGACUACGCGGAGCACUUCCCCACCAUAUCUGAAAGUACAUCAACAACGUUUUUUUAUUGCACCAUACGAUCAAAUCCGUUUUAAGAUUCCAAGAACAGUUCGCAAGCUCACUUUCCUUGCAACCCAAUCAACGACUGUCACUGCGGUCGAUUCUAUAUUGUUAUUCUCACUGUGGUUAAUUUCAUCCCUGAAAUUACGAAGAAUAAAACCUAAAUUACUGUCAGAUAACGCAUAGACGGAUCUUGCAUAGGGCCGGCUUCUAAAUUAAAAUUUCAACGAAAAUUAUAGGAAAUGUCGGUCUUCUUGUCCAUAUACACAGGAAGCGAAAAAAAUACGUGAGAACAAAGCCUGUUAUCUAACUGAGAACUCUUCAUUAUUUUUUGAGCGUAAUUUGUUCCCCGGAGAGUUAUGUCUAAUUUACAGUUUGUGUUUGAAUCAGUCUACAAGCCAAGCUAAAUACCAGCUCACGUUGUAAAAGCUAUAAUUUAGAAUAACUUGCAGUGCGAAGAGCAAAAAGGGAUGUUGGUUUAUAUUAUACAAAUAGUUUCUUAAAAAUAUUACUCUACAGCAAUUUCUUUUUCCAUUGAUUAAGUUAAUUUCAGUUUGAAAGGAAGUCUUUGUUCACUUAAGGGAAAAACGAAAUAGGUAUUGUUUCAUAAAUGUUAUGCGACUUGAACAAAAACUGGUAAUUGCGACGUUAUGCAAAACUCGGGCAAAGUUACUGUUAUUGAAUGUUAUUUCAAAUUUGGGGGGGCGGGAAUUUCUUAGAAUUAGUUCACAAUAUAAUAUUACGGCUUUGACUUUGAACAACUUAGAAAGAUAUCAGCUAGAAAUGGUAUCCUAAAUUUUCGUUCUCAUGUUUUCAUAACGAAUUGCUACCGGAGCACUCUCACACUGUGAGAAGUAUGACAGCUGGUGAAAAAAAUGAAAUUAAAAUCACCCAAGACAAUCGUAUUCAAAAUUAUGUUAAACCACCAAUUCUCACCCUCUUCCCCCCCCCGUUACUUCUCCGGGGAAGAGGCAUCUUUCGAGGUGAGACGCCAUAAUGUCUCUCAGCGCAGUUCAUCUUUUGAAAGUAGUAAUGCUUUACCUCGAGCUGUUUUCACAUUAUCAUUAUAACUUUCAUCCGCCAUUCAAAUUCAAAACGCUCUUAUUACAACGAUAUCAUGGGGUAAAAAUAGGUCUGCACUGCGCAUAUGUGUCUAAUACAAAUUGAAAUGAAUGUAAUGUUUGAUAACUACAUGCUCAGAGCUGUGCGGCGCUUUCAGUCUAUUUGGAAGGUCUGCUUAACAAAUAUCAAUGGGUGUAUAGGUGUACCAAAGUGUAGUAGUUUUCAAGGAAUUUUUUGGAUAAACUAUGAAACAGUUAGAUUGUGAGUUCCGAGUUUUCUAAGCAAAUCGAUCACGGGAAAGUUUCUAAACUAAUCAGAUCAUGACUACCGAAGGACAAAAUUUUGCAAAUAUUUAAGGAAUGGCAAAUAAAAUUUAAUAUGAAAUCAGUUUUUGGAAAUAUGGGAACGGAAAACAAAACAGAAAGAUUUGAACAUGAGGAUUUCCGUAAAAUAUUAUUACGACAGAUCUUCCGACUUAUCACGACAGAUCUUCAAUUGGUUACCAAUAAAUUAAAUGCCACUUCACUGGAAUUCUUGUAAUAUUUAUGCCAGUGACGUGGCGUAACUAAAUCGCUUACAUCGUCACGUACGGUGAACUUCCGUGGUGUCCAGUUGCUACACACUAGACGUAAAAACAGUUCCAGCUACAGCUAAGUACAAAACAAAAAUAAGACUCAAUUUUUUUUUUACUUCAUCCUAGUUAAUAACAUAGCAAGUGAAUUCGUGAAGUCAAAUUCAAUUGCGAUUGUGCAAGCUGAUAACGCAUUACGUACGGAAUCUCUCCCAACAAAACAUUGCAUCGACUACCGCUUUGAAACUCAGCAUUAUAAAUAAAUUGGCUCAUAGCCUGCUCUGCGUUCAUCGAGCAAUUCUUACGCAACUUUCGAGCUCUUCAAAUCUCCCGCGCUCUAUAUAUCUCGCUGAGUGCACGUUGACGCAUGAAACACUUGUCGAUUUUCCUUAAAUCCCUUUCUUAGAGGAGGACCUAUAUGGCCAACUUUCAAUAUCGAGCCCUAUACUUUUAGGGUUAAUCCCCAAUGAGCGCCUCUUUUAUUUUGUGGAGGAUUAUUACUUUGGUAAGUGAUCAAAGCGUACUCGUACUUUCUAAACCUCAUCUCUAUCCAUGAUUGCAGGCCUUCUUGGUAAAUUCCUUCGCCAGAUGAUCAGGCCCUCUAAGAUAUCCUUCAAACCAACUGGAAACAUGUUCCAAAAGACUUCCUCGAACAACACUAAAAAUGUAACCAUCGCCAUACCUUUUAUGAUAAAAAGGAAUACGGACGAUCCAUGUGAGAUUAAAGUGCAUCACUCCAAAGGACCAGCCUACAUCGCUAAAAGAAAUCAGAUGCAGCCAUUGACACAACUUGGACGGUCGUUUAUUAACGGAGGACAGAUUAUAGGUUUAACACUCAUUCUGACGGUUAUAUCCGGGGUCUUUAUGUGGAUACUGGUAAGUGGAUGGCGCAUUUCAAGUGGUUCAGCCAAAAUUUACACAAAUUUGCCUCGAAAUCGUCUGAUUUUUGUACUGCUCUUAGUUGACUGGUUCAAAGGAAUUAAAUUUGGUAAUUCUAUCUCUAGGUAGCCCAAUUUUGCGGCCGAUAAGGUGGUGACAUUGACCGACAAAUAAAUUAGUCGUCGUUUGUCCAGCAUUUUGUUUUAUAGUGUGAAAAAUGAAACAUUUCUUUCAACAGGAUCGCCACAAGAAUCCUGUGGACUUCCCUCCUUCAUUCAUCAGGGGUUCCUGGCAGGGCUUUUGGUGGGCUUUCGUCACAAUGACUACUGUUGGGUAGGUAAUAUUUUUUUACCCUUAAAUAUUGUCAUUUUUUUUCUAACUUCCAUACUAACGACGUGAAAAAUAAACAAUUAUGAUUAUCAUGAUGAUAUUGAGAAUAAUAAUAAAUUGAUAAUGAAAAGGAUGAUAAAGAUUACGAUAAUUCUGUACUUAUAUGAGGUGAUGUCUGUAGGUAUGGGGACACUUCUCCUAAGUCCGUUCCAGCUCGUUUGUACAGUAUUCUGUGGAUGUUGUUGGGUAUGGUCGCCUUCUCGGUUCUUACAGCCAAUUUCACGAGUUCUUUGAAUUAUGAAAUUGAAGAAGACUUGAAUCUAUUUGGAAAAACGGUAAGUGGUGUCUAUUGAUCGUUUGGCACAUGAUUUGCAGAGCAGCAUCGGCAGUAAGUUUCUCAAAACGUCUUUUGGGAUGCAUAUCUUGAAAAAAGUCAAUGAAGUGUCUGAAGAAUAGAAUCAAUAUUAUUUUUGCGCCCCCGGCUUCAGGUUGCAGUUUUGAAUGGAAGUUUGGCGAGGCAAGUGGCGGUGUCAGAAGGGGCAAAAUACAAAGGUAGGCAAAGAGGAACUGAUAUUGUGUAUCAUAUGUGAGUCCAGAAAAAAAAAAGAGGCGAAAAAUAGCGCCGCAGUCUCACUCGUACCUCUGCAUUCAGAAUGAAUGGCGCUGGAUUGAAUCAGAGAAAAUUAAAUCUAAAAAUAAAACUCUGCCCUUCGCACCCAAUUUCGAUUAAAUUACCUCACGAACAACACAAAAAUGUAGCUUUUGAAGUGGUUCUUCCUUCCAAAACCUAACCGGCCGAGUUUGACAGGUUCCAGUUGUGAUGACCGGUGAAUAAGUUCGAAGAAGCGACUAUCAUCAGAAUUCCGUGGCACUGGAACACCAAGAUGAGGUUUAAAGAUGUUUUUCAUCGUCUCUUUCUCUUUCAGAAUACAAAGACCUAAAUGCAAUGAUCGCUGCACUGAUUAAACAGAAAAACCCACCCAUAAAUGGUUUCUUAAUUGAUAGACAUAUGGCUGUAGCAAGUCUGGAGCAACUUAAAAUCAACACCCUGGCUAUUGGCCGGACUAUUGACUACGAUUACUACAUUGGAAUGAGCGUAACUCCUCCCUACAACUCAACACAGUUGUGCAACGUGAUAAAGAAAUGCGCAACGGAUGUUCUAAAGAGUAAAGACUUUGAACUAACAGCAUUACAGGUAAUGAACACAUAAGACUAAAGUAAACCUAGCUUGUCAGAAUAGAAUCGUUUCGUUCGGUAUAGACUUGUUUUUUCCUGAAAAGACAGAUAACUUGUUAUUUCUUGUAAUAUAGUUUUCCAAUCCUUUACGACAUUAAUAACAUUCAUUUCUUAUGCAAUGGGAGAAAUAGAAAUGUCGAUGAAUUUUUCAGAGGUUGGUAGAAAAAGUUCUGCGGAUUCUUCCCAAAGUAAACCGAAUUACAUUCCCCGUUGUUUGAUUUUCCUUCCUCCAGGAAAACUUUUCUUAUUAUCACUUUUUUUCUCCCAUUUUUCGUAGAUUCUUUCUCAUUCAGUUCCUGUGAUAGAGACCGUAAAACAGACAGCCAGUUUAUUUGAAGAUUACGAGUUUCUCAUCAUUCUACUUGCUUUGUUUGGCAUUCUUGUGGGCGGUGGCCUUAUCUGGGAAUAUUUUUAUUAUAGACCCAAAAUGGAGCGAAUAAACAAAGUAAACGGUGAGUCUGAGAUUAACCAUUCUGUUUUUUCACUUUUUUCACACUUCCAUCUAUCUUUUUAGAAGAGAGGCCGUGGGUGAAUGAAAAUAGGGAAACAAACUAAAGCUUUGAAGCACAAUUAUCAGCACGCGAUUCGAAUAACCUGAGUAACCAUGUCUUUUCUAACUUUCGUGUAUUCUACAUGAGGAAGACUUUGAAAUGGAAGGAGAUGACGGAAGAAAGGAAUCAGAGAGGGCCAUCCUGUACACAAAUGAAGUUGAAGAAAUGUGUGAGGAAUGCAAGGCGAAGGUAGAGAACAUCAUGAAAGAGGAAGGAAAGAAAAGGUGGCAGAGCAUGCAGACCAUAAUAAGUCCGUUGGAAGGGUUUUCUAUUAUCGGUAGUCAGUUGAGUUCUAUCCCUGGUGUUUCAUCCAUCAGAAGAAUUGGUUCAGAGAUUCCCCACAAUGUUCAAAACUUGACGAGAAAAUCAAAAAAGAACAAAAAAGAUGGAAUGCAACCGUAAAAGCUGACAAUUAAAAAAAAAAACAUUGAUAUCUUUCCGUAUUUCAGUAUUUGGAAAGUAUGGCUCCGGAAUUGUUCCAGGAGACUGGACUAACAACUAAAUUCCAUGUGAUGUUCAUAAGGAAUUAGUGCACGUGACCAAAUGAACUGAUUUUUUCCUAAGUAGAGUAGAAGGUUCAAACCAUAUUGAACACGUCUUGGAGUGUAAACGACCCAAACUUACACAUACUGAAUGAUUUCGCCUGAGCAGAUUUAUGAACGGCCAAGGGCUGCCAUUUAAGCUUUCAUAGAACCCGGCGUCUCUUUAGAAGUAUAGUAUAGUAUAAUAUAGUAUAAUCUAGUGCAGAGAGAUCACAUUAAGUUCUUGUCCCAAUUUUUUGGUCCUAGUUUUCUCAGUUUUCCGCCUGAAUUCCCCUCUCACCAAAUUGCUCUUUAAAUUCGUUUUGAUACAAAUAACUUUUUUCACCUCAAAUCCAUUUCAAAUGAUCAACUAACUGUGAGACAAUUUUGUCAUCCAUGUAACUAUCUUAGAACUAAUGCCUUCAACUAAAUAUUUUGUUAACGUUUUUCUUAUUUAGUAGUUAGAACCGAUGCCUUUAGUUAAACAUUUUGUUGACGUUUUUUUCUUGUUUAGUAGUGAGUCAAUGAAGGUAUUUUCUAUAACAAUACUUUAAAUAGUUUAUUAGUCUCCACACAGUGGAUGGAUUACAUUUUUCACAGAUUUAACAACAGUGACUAAAAGAAAAGACUCUGUAUAGCAAACAAAUUAGCUUUCUCAUAAACGUAAGGCGAUUCGUAACAGAGCAGCACUGUCAUGGUGUAUUCUAGAACUACGAUCGUAAGUAGCUAUAUAAUUUUGUUAUGCAAAUCGUUAAGUGUCCCUGUGGAAAUAAAUUUAAAAUAUUGUAAAAAAUUUGGUAACAGCUGU